AUGGGAAGCACUGUGUUCUUCACUACAGUUACAGCCUUGAUUAUGCAUUGCUUUAUGUCAUUAGCUCUACAACAAAGCAUUGAAACCGAUAAAUACGCAUUGUUGGCAUUGAAAUCUCAUCUUUCUUUUGGCCCUGACAACAUUUUCCUGGAGAAGAAUUGGACCGCAGAAUCAUCUGUCUGCGGCUGGUAUGGCGUCGCCUGUGAUGACCCUCGCGUUAAUCGAGUUACAGGCUUAAGUAUCUCUUGUAUGGGGCUUACUGGUAGCAUUUCAUCCUCUGUGGGAAAUCUUUCUUUUCUCCAUUCUCUUGAUCUGAGUUGGAACUCUUUCCAUGGAAAUUUCCCUGAAGGGAUAGCCCUGUUGCAAAGAUUGCAGCAUCUUGAUUUAAGUAACAAUCUCUUCAGUGGGGCGAUUCCACCGUCUAUUUUUGUGUCUUUAUCGAAUCUUCAAUCCUUGCGUCUUAAGAAUAACACAUUUUCAGGGAAUGUUCCAAUGGAAGUAGCAGAUCUUCAUUCUUUGACAGUUCUUGACCUGCAGUUUAACCUGUUUAGUGGUCCUAUACCGCUCGGUAUAUUUAACUUGUCAUCAUUGGAGAUUUUAGCAUUUACAGGGAAUAAGGUUUCAGGGAAUCUUCCGAUGGAUAUCUGCUCUCAUCUUCCGAGGCUUAAUGGGUUGUACCUUUGGAAUAAUGAGUUUGAUGGCCCAAUUCCAGCUAGUUUGGGUAACUGUUCACAGUUGGAGUUUCUGAUAUUGUCAUCUAAUGCAUUUAGUGGAAUCCUGCCUGGAGAAAUCGGGAACUUAUCUUCGCUAGUCGUUCUAGAUAUUGGUGACAAUCAAUUGACUGGGUCAAUACCAUCUGAGAUUGGACAUUUACAUAGAUUGCAAUCAUUGUCACUUGGUAACAAUUGGUUAAGUGGGAUUAUUCCAGAAACAGUUGGAGGUUCACUAGAAAUUCAGGAGUUGAUUCUAAAUGACAACCGCAUAGUGGGAACAAUUCCUGAUGCAAUCUGCAACUUACGGAAUCUUUCUGUAUUACAUUUGGGAAUGAAUUCGCUUGGAGGUUAUCUACCUCCUGGAAUGGGAAACCUAAAGUUUUUGAGGACAAUUGAUUUGUCCAGGAAUAGCUUCACUGGAAAAAUUCCAGCAUCUGUUGGAACAUUACCCUACUUGGUUAACCUUUCGUUGGCGCAAAAUGAAUUCGAGGGCUCUAUUCCUGAAUUUCAGCAGAUCAUGAGUUUGGAGACAUUGGAUUUGUCUCAGAAUAAUUUGACUGGAGGAGUUCCGCAGUCCUUGGAGGCUCUUCUUUACCUAAAAUGGUUCAAUGUCUCCUAUAAUAGAUUAAGUGGGCAAAUUCCUACUGGGGGACCAUUCCGAAAUUUCACAGCUUCAUCAUUCAUGUCAAAUGCUGGCCUUUGCGGAGCUCCUCAAUUCGAAGUCCUUCCUUGCUCAAUCAAUCACUCCAAAAGAAGAGCACAUUUGAUCAUGCACCUCUUCCUAGGGAUUUUUCCAGCAAGCCUUGUAACCGCUUUCCUGGUAUUUCUGUUUAUAAGAAAUCGAAAGAAGAAAAUAGCUUCAGUCCAAAAUGUGGAAUCUCCAGAUAUUAAACAGAAACACAUUUCUUAUAGUGAGCUUCAGACAGCAACUAACAGAUUCGGUGAAGGUAACUUGCUUGCUCUUGGGAGUUAUAGCGCUAUCUACGAAUGUUGUCUCAGUGAUGGCACAUAUUCAGCAGUAAAAGUAUUCCACUUUAAGAAUGCCAGAGCCGCCCGCGAGACUUUUCUCACAGAAUGUGACUUAUUAAGCAGAAUUCGCCAUCGUAAUUUAAUUGAAUUCAUUGCAAGUUGCCCCCGUUGGGACUUGGAUAUUGGAGCAAUAGUGCUGGAGUAUAUGCCAAACGGAAGCCUUGAAAGAUGGUUAUAUUCUCACAACUAUUGUCUAGAUAUUUCGCAAAGGCUGGAUAUAAUGAUUGAUGUGGCUUCUGCCCUGGAUUACCUCCACAACAACUACUAUUUUCCAGUGGUGCACUGUGAUGUGAAGCCUGGAAAUGUCUUGCUUGAUGAAGAUAUGGUAGGACAUUUAUGUGAUUUCGGCAUUGCAAAACUCCUAAGUGUUAGAGAUGGAGUUGUGCGCACAAAAACCAUGGGAACAGUGGGAUACAUUGCGCCUGAUGAAAUUAUGCAAGUUGUGGACUGCAACCUGCUAAGACAAGAUCAUCAGAUAGCAAAUUUCGAGGCAGAAAUGCAGUGUGUGUCAACUAUUAUGGAGCUUGCAUUGCAGUGCACUGCUACAUCACCUGGUGAAAGAAUGAACAUCCAAGAUGUUGUUUCAAUACUCAAGAAGUUGAGAAGUCAGAUUAUUACACAGAAUUGUGACAGAACUCCCAAGUCCAAAAGGUCAGAAACCCUUUGUAAAUCAACAUCCUAG